AUGAUUAAUACAGUUGAAGAAGAAAAAAACUCUGAAACGUCCGUUCAGCGUACAGUUCUACUCGACAUUCCUGCUCGAUUACAAUGGGAAAAUGAUCAUGGUUACUGUGGUGAAACAGCUAUACAAUCGUUCGGUCUCUACUAUGGUGCUUGGAUCUCUCAAAAACUUGUUCGUAGUAUCAACAAUGGCGAAUAUCUCUUAAGAAAAGUAUCGAAGGACGACCAUCGAAAUCCAACGCAUACAUUAUCUGUUCUUCAUUUUACUUAUGACGAAUGGGACUUGGAAAAUUCACCUCAACCUCAGUUUCAUGAUUAUUGCUGUUGGAUGAAGAGAUCUAUCAUACGAGGACAUCCCGUAAUGUUCGUUGUCUAUCUACUCUAUAUGCAUGAUAAAGACUAUGAUCAUAUUAUGCCGGCGAUCGGCGUUCAAUUUAGAGACGAAAAUCAAUAUGAUCCAGACGAUGUGCUUAUCUACUACAAUCUUUAUCAUCUGCGACAAAUUGAACGAAAAAUGAGUGAAAAUGAUUUGGCAGCGACAAGAAAAACAUGUCGGAAACAUUGUGGUGAAGGUGGAUGCAUACCACUCAAUAUUGACUAUGGAAUCGCUGUAACAGGUAUUUUGGACGAAAAUCAUGUGACAUUACCCGUACGUCUGUCUGUGUCUGCAUGGAAUGAACCGAAUACACACCCUGCUUACAAUGAAAAACCUACCGAGAUGGAUGGUGUCGUCACCGUACGUAAUUUAAUUGUCGGAAAAUCGUAUGUUCUUCUUCGAUAUUCAUCUUAUGAAUAUGUACCAACGAAGGGUAACGUCAAUGAAUUUCUGUUAUCGAAUUUUGAUGAGAAGCAUGAAUUUCUGGCAAACGAUACGAUCUAUAUUUAUGAAGAUCCAAAGAAAAUCCCCUCCACGGGAUCAGUUUAUUAUCGAUGUGUUCCACAACUUGAAUAA